AGGAGAGCGGCGCCGAGCGUGGGGCUGCGGAGGGACUAGCGGGCAGCGCCGGCGGGGCUGGACUGGAGAGGACCGGACAUGGGUGCUUCGUCACGUACGGAGCGACUGCAAGCGAGAAGGGCUUGCGGAGCUCCGUAGCUGCUGCGGCUGAGGGUCUCCGGCCGCUUCGGGGCUUCGCUCCUCUCCAUUGUCGGGUCCGCGGCGGAGCCCGAGAGCCUUCCUGGGCUUCGCUUCGCAUUGUUGGGGCCGCCUCUGCAGUCGCGCGGGUCAUCGCGGCUGCAGCAGAUUCGGGUAACUUCUCGGGGAUUCGGCUCGAGUACUUUUUUUUUUACGAGUAUGUCUUUAAAGGGCUGGCGAUUGGAGGACAGAAGGGACUUGGAAAACAAACUUGAACUGGGAGGGGGCAACUUGGGUGAAGGAAGCGGAUGGAGACAGACCUGGAGCAGCCGCUGUGUGUGGCGCAGCAGCCCCACUGCCCGGAGAUGCAGUGCGCUCCUUCCUCUCCUUCAGAGGUCUUUGCUCCCCCGCUGAGGAUUCCUGAAAAGAUCCCGCCCAUCAAACCUUGCUUUAAAAAAAAGCAGCAGGUGCAGAAGAGGCUAGACACUGAUGCGCUGAGGGCUUUGCGGCCCAUCUUCACCAGUUUGCUAGGGGCUGGUACCCUGGAUGGGAUCUUUGUGCCACGAGGGCAGAACGGGGGCCAUAGCAACUUAUGCGAACCUGUUUCAAAAAAGACUGUUGGGGUUGCUGCCCCGUGUCCCCCGCCAGACAACAGCGUAGCCGUGCUGCUACCAGGAGCUCCAGAUGUUCAGGGACAAAUAUCUGAUGGGCAACUAUCCGACAGGCUUCCUGAACAAGAUGACCAGGCUGGGGAGGAGGGUUUCCCCUCUGUUACUUUGCCUGCAAAUGAGCCAUUCCAGGACCGCUCUUUGCACGCUGUCUCUAGUGAUGCUGCUACCUUUCUUUCAUGCCCUGAGAAGAUACUUGAAGGCUGUCCUCCAGCGGGGCUCCAGGACAAUAACAUCUCCCUGGUCCAGUGCAGCUCGAAGCCCACUGAUAAGUUUGGAGUUGGACUCUUCCAGAACCAAAGUGAGGAAGCAUCUCUGGACCUUGUGUUUGAGCUCCUGAACCAGCUGCAGUAUCACACCCACCAGAAGGACGGUGUGGACAUCUGUGUGGAUUUUCUGCAAGGGGUUUGUGUUUUGGGUAGCGAUUGCCCCCAGCAUCAUACGGUCCUGCCCUAUCACUGGCAGGUCAGGAGGACCGCUAGCCAAACAUGGCAGAGCGUGACCAAUGACUCGCAGGAACACCUGGAAAGGCUCUACUGCAAUCCGGACAACGACAAGGUCAAAGUAAGAUAUCGAGGUCACGAGUUUUUAGUAGACUUGAAUGCUAUGACUCUCUAUGAUACAACAGAAUUCGACCAGCUGAGAAGACUGUCUACGCCUUUGUGUAUGAGUGCCAGCUCCAAUUUCAACUAUUACACAGUCUGGAAGUACUUCUGCAGGGAUCAUUUUGGCUGGAGAGAAUAUUCAGAGCCUGUGGUAAGAUUGAUCGAAGAAGCCAACUGCAGAGGUCUGCAAGAAGUUCGGUUUGUUACGUGGCACAAUCGCUACAUUUUGAACAUUAAAGAUGGCUUUCAGCAAAACGCGUGCAUUCGAAGAGAAAUCAAGAAGAGACCUCUUUUCCGCUCCUGUGUUAUCCUCAUGCCGUACUUGCAGACUCUCGGUGGCAACCCUUCCAUCCCUCUGCUAUCCACAGAGUCUCUGCAAGUCUUACCUCCAGCUGCUCUGACCUCUCCAAACUUCUAUCCUGAAACGUGGAUUAACAUGGAUCCAGCUCAAGAUUUCAUUCAAGUGCCUGUGUCGAAGGAAGACAAAAGCUACAGAACCAUUUAUAAUCUCUUUCAUAAGACUGUGCCAGAGACCAAAUACAGAAUUUUGAAAAUACUGCGAGUUCAAAACCAGUUUUUAUGGGAGAAAUACAAGAGAAAAAAGGAAUAUAUGUCUAAAAAAAUGACAGGACUUGACAGGAUAAUGAAUGAGAGACACUUAUUCCAUGGGACCUCUCAGGAUGUUGUGGAUGGCAUCUGCAAGCACAAUUUUGACCCACGGGUGUGCGGGAAACAUGCCACCAUGUUCGGGCAAGGCAGUUAUUUUGCCCGGAAAGCAAGCUACUCGCAUAACUUCUCCAAGCGCUCACCCAAAGGAAUCCAUUACAUGUUUCUAGCUAAAGUACUGACAGGAAGAUACACAGUCGGCAACCAUACUAUGAGAAGACCCCCGCCGGUGAAUCCUGGCAGCAUCACCAGUGACCUGUAUGACUCUUGUGUGGACAAUUACUUCGAACCUCAGAUCUUCGUCAUUUUUAAUGAUGACCAGAGCUAUCCCUACUUUGUUAUUCAGUAUGAAGAAGUUAGUAAUGCUGUCGUAAUCUGAAAGUAUUUCACGUCGGUAAAUUAUUUGUUGUAAUCCAAUAUUUGUAGAACGGACUAUGUUGUGCAGAGGGGGGGAAACAGUUGUGGAACUUUUUAAUAAAAGUGUUUGAGAAGCAGAACACAGAGCAGAUUUUUAAGAAAAAAAAUUAAACUCCUGAAAAGACCAA